AUGGCGCCUAUACGUCGCUACGUUCGUAUCAGUAAAACCUCCGUGUUGGAAUGCCGGAUAUUUCUUGAAAACCCUGCUGAUGGGCCAAGAUGGCUGCUUAGCUCCGAAGAUCCUGCUCUACCACGUGUCAUUGAAGCCAUCAGACCUUUGGUUCUUCCAAAACUUCGAGAAGAGACCGAAAGGGCAAAGGCGAAGGGAAAGAAGAAAAAUCGGAUCAAAGAUGUGGUGACCAAAGAUGAGUUCGAAGUAUCCGUUUUCCUCACUCAAAUCGGCACUCGACAUUCCUUCCUGACGAAAAGUAAAACUUUCAACAAGUCUAGAAUCACAGGACACGCAACCAAGCUUACGGGCUCUGACACACAGCCUGUUGUGAUUCGGGAAGAGAGCGAUGAUGAUAAUACACAUUUGCCGAUGGACCGAAUCCAGCAGGAAGAAGAUGCAUUAGGCGUGGAUGACAAGAAGAAACUGGGGUUGAAGACUACGUAUGAAGGCUUCAGUAUCUGGGGAUGGGUGCUAUGCCUGCUGGUGGCGAGGAAGGGUGGUCCUAGCAAGAGAAGGACAGAGAACGUUGCUGGCCAAGCUUUGAUGGAGGAAUGGAUAUCUUUGACACAAGAGCAACAUGAAGAUGACAGCUGA